AGCCUGUGUAUCGAUUGAGAUUCAUCCGCCGCCGCAUGCCUAUAUGUUUGACAGUAGAGUAACAACGUGUUUAGAGUGAAAUCAUCACACGAUAGGAUAAGGUAUACGUGCAUAAUUUGAUUUAUCAGCUUAUGAAUGGACUUGUGGAAAAUAACGACUGUGCUUGUGCUAUGUGCUUUCUAAGAUUCUGGAUGAAAAAUUUUCAAUUCAUCUGAUACAUAUUGUUCCUGUCAUCUCGUUCCUGUUUGAAGACAAGAAUUAAAAAGUUACAUCUAAUGCCCUGUGCUAUGGAGGACUUUUUAUUUCGAUUUCGUUCGAAAUCUGUCUCCUCAAAGAAGAGGCCAUCCUCCACCAAAAGUCCAAGCAAGGAGCAGAGGAGGGUCACGUGGAAAGACUCAACGAACGGACAUCAAUUCCGGCCAAGAUGUGCCAGCACUCCUGCAACCGAUUUGACUGUCAGACGAGAUGCUUUCAGCAGACGACAAUAUGGCUCCGUGGAAACGUUAACAUUACUGGACGAUGAUAGUAAAAGCCAAUCGGCAGGCAGGUUCCGGAUUGAAACGGGAGAUUUGGAAGGUAGCGAGGAGGUUUCCAGCCCUAUCGCUAGCCCUAUUCAUCUAGAAAAUCCAGAAUUUCAGACUCGAUGGUAUUUUAAAUAUUUCCUUGGUAAACUUCAUCAGAACUACGUUGGAAUAGACACGGACAAGGACCCAUUCAUACUGUCUGUGGUCGUCACGGACGCUAAUAACCAUAACGUUCCACAGUAUAGAGCCGUACUAUGGAGAAAAAAUGGAGCCAAGAGAGUGUGCCUUCAAUACAACCCUCAAAAGCCUCAGACAGUCAAAAGCAUAUUAAGUCAUUUUGAGUUGGAAAAAUUUGAAAAGGGACCAAAAGAAAUAUUUGAUCCAGACAUCCAGAAAGACAUUUUAGUGUUGGAAGAACAAGAGGGAUCGAUCAACUUUAAGUUUGGUGUGGUUUAUGCCCUAGAUAACCAGAUGUCUGAUGAUGAGUUCUACAGUAACAAUGAUCCAAAGCCUUCUUUCAACGGAUUCUUAAGUCUUUUGGGUGGCAGGAUAAAAUUAAAAGGAUGGGAAAAAUUCAAAGGUGGUUUAGAUGUCAAAUCUAAUGCCACAGGGACAGAAUCCAUAUACACUGUGUAUGAAGGGCACGAGAUCAUGUUUCAUGUGUCAACCUUUCUUCCUCAUUCACUUGAAAACAAGCAGCAGGUGGAAAGAAAGCGACACAUAGGAAACGACAUUGUGAAUAUUAUCUACUAUGAAUCAAGCAACCCAGAUCCGCAUUGUUUUCCUCAGUUCAAACCUUGUAUGAUGAGGUCACGGUUUACUCAUAUUUUCGCUGUUGUGUGUUACAAUACAUGUGAUUAUUCUUAUAAACUUCACGUGUUUUCGGAAGAAUCAGUUCCUCUCUUCGGACCACCUCUUCCUUCGCCCCCUGUGUUCCAUGAUGCUGAUGAGUUUAGAGAAUUCCUUCUUGUCAAACUAAUCAAUGGUGAGAAGGCCGCUGUAAAUAAUCCCCUAUUUGCACAAAAACGAGAACGAACUCUGGAGAUGUUAAUAAAGAAUAUACACCAAGUGUACAUGCUGGAGACAAACAAGUUGUAUAGAAGAGCAUUCAGUGAUGUUAUUCAAGACGCCCACAUCUCCAGGAAAGAGGAAGCCAGACGUAGCGAAUAUGUCCGAGUCGGUCAGACAUUAAAAGUGAAAACCAUCCUGAAGGGAGAUGCCCCAACAAGUUUGGUCACAACAGGUCUACUUAAAAGGGAGCCAUGGGAACCUCAACAAUUCUGCAUGGAUUUCCCUCAUCCAAUUAUUUGUGGUGAUUCCUGGGGGGACAACAAAUUAAUAUUAUCAACAGAUAAUGGCACGUUUAUCGUUGAAGAGGGGCUCUGUCAUCGAUCUAUAUUUGACAAGACUGUGCCAGUGAAGCAGCUGGAUAUCGUGGAGGCACAUGGACUUCUGAUAUUCAGAUGCGACAAAGGAAAGGAGGGCAAAAUAUAUGUAUACCGAUUGAACGAUUUUGAGGGAGAAAUACUGGAUCAAGUUACAAGAGGAAAAGCAGAAUGUAGAGAUAACAGAAUAGAGAAAACGAAGGGGUGCCAUCUGUACGCUCUGAGCAGACAAGGUGCUAGCCAUUUAAGAAUGGUGGUGGCCAUCCAGAAACGACUUCUUCUGUUCUCCUGGAAACAUUCUGUGGCCUGGUCAACUUGGUGCCCCUCUGUGGACUUUGAAAUCGUGGAUGGUUUCAAUUUUGUUCGAGAGCUACAAGCCUUUGAGAGCCCUCAGUUGAUAACGUUAAUUGAUGGAAUCAAGGAUGACAACCAGAUCUGUGUGGGAUACAAAAACCAGUUUGACCUGAUCAACGAGAAAAAUGGCGACACGCUACAGCUGUAUCAAGUGGAGGCCAACAAGUUGAACCUGGUUGCAGCUUUGGAUAUAUACGAGGAUGAGGAGUCGGAAUUGCUUCUUUGCUACAACCAUGUAAGUCACUUCCAGAAACUCUCAGAGGAAACAUCACGUGAUUUUGACUUCAAUUGGAACUCUGAGCCAAACGAUAUAGUUUGUGCUUUCCCAUAUGUGAUGGCGUUCACAGCCGAUGCUAUAGAAAUCCGACUAAUUAUCAAUGGAAACCUUGUCCACGCCAUGUCACAGCCUGGUCUUAGUCUCAUUACAUCGAAAUGUGAUAUAUAUUUCUCCACGAUUGCUGGUCCAGGAAGCUCUCCAAAAGAAAAGACUCGUGAACAAGGAUACACCCCUCCCUCUUCACCAUCUGCCAAAACGUUGCGCCCUCCCCAAUACAUAUACAAAAUCCCUCUCUCGUGCCUUGCUGGGCAAAUGUCGAAUAAUGACAAGUCACCCAUAAAUCCAACGCCUUCUGCCCAGUCUACGCUUCUGGCGCCAGUGGCUCAAAAUGGCGACAGGUCACCAAGCAACAAACGACGUAGUCCUCUGUUAAGGACCAAAUGCAUCCAUCCCAGUGGUGAAAAGACUGUGAGUGAUAGACAUGACUCUUCAGGCUCAGAUUCCGGAAUUUCGAUUCUAAGACCAGGGACUAAUUGUUCUCCUCCAGACAGUCCAUAUCAACAGACGAUAUGUACUCUUGACUUUUCACAUCAGGAGACGGACCUAGUUUGACAUACACUUGCACGAAGUGUGUGAAUAGACAUGUACACAUGUUAUGGCAUUUUCAAUGUGCCUUACCGUGUUCAAUCAACGACUUAGGACGCCUACAUGACUUGAAGCAGAGGUUAAAGAUUCACGAUAUUGACUAAGUCAGGUGUUUACUGGUCAGUGAGGGAUAUAACCUGUGAAAAGAGUCUAUGAAGAAUGACGUUGGGAUUAAAAAAAGGAACCGACGACAAUACUGCCAUGUUCAAUCGGUACACCGGUGGGCUCAGCUUGUUUCAAAUAGAUGCUCCCAUACUCACAAAAAAAAAGAUAUUACUUACGUUUUAUUCCAUUUUCUCUCUUUUUUUCAAAUAAUUUUGUUCAUCAUGUCCAGAAUGAACUUUUAAAAUUUCUAGUCAUAUUUAUGAACGACACAAUGGUGCUACUUCAAUAUUUGUUAUGUUACAUGUAAACAGAAUAAGUAUUUAUACCUAAAUAUGGAGUUUUAAUGUAUUUGAGGAUAUUUUCAUUAUCCUGUACAAUUGCCAUAUUUAAUUUUGCUACAAAGACUGAUAUUUAACUAUUUGUUUUAUACAGAUGAAAAAAGUAUUGGAAUAUUAGACAUUAAUUGCUGCACGAUUUCUUGGUCCUUUUCUCUCUAAACAUUGGGGAAAAGACUAUCACGAGCGAAAAAGAACUUAUGGAUUCGGUUUUAGGAUGGUGUGUAUUUUCCUUCUAUUUCUAUCUGAAAAUGAUGAUUAAAAUGAAAACAGAAAAUGAAACACUUUUUAAUUUUAAUUUUAAUCAUUAUAUGCAGACAGACAUGGAAGAAAAAUACACCAUCCUGAAAGGAACAGAAAUUUGUAAACUGAAUGCGCUUACUGGAAAAUUUAAUAUGUAAUAAUUGGUAGCGAUUUCAAGUUUCUUUAAAGGAAGGGUCAUCUACAGACUCUAUUUAAGUUUUUAGCUUGUCGGAAAAUUCCAAGAGGUUCCGAAUGGAAUCAACACUUGAUGACAAGUAAUCGCCUUUUAGCAUAGGAAAUUUUUAACUAAUUGUUGUUAUUAUGACUUAAAAAUUCACAUAAAUUAUAUCUAAGUGGUACGUGUUGAUAUGAACGUUCUGAAAGAGAAAAAAUGGUUGAAGUUGUAAAUUUUUCAUAUCAUCCAAUUUUUCUGUCAUGGCGCAAGUACGUGUAUUCAUUGGACUGGAAAACGCCCCAUCUUGUCUUUGCAUUUCACAUUCCUAAGUGGGAAGCACAUUUUAAUGUUGUUGAAUUAUUUUCACAUGUUAUACAAUGACGUAUUAAUUAUGUCAAUAAUUAUAUAUUUUAUAUUUGUUGGUGAAAAAAAGAUUUUAUUGAUUUUUGUUGUUUCUUUAGAAAAACAAUUUUUUUGGCAAAAUGAUAUAUUCUAUUUUGGGAAUAAGGCUGUGACGUAUCAUCCACCUCUCAAAAGAGAGUACAUGAGCACUCGUCAUCUCUUCAUUUGUUAAUCAUUCUCAGGCAAAAAAAGAGAAGCACAAAAUAUUUAUUCCAAUUUUUUUUAUAUAAAAUACCUGCAGUAUUAAAUAUAAAAAGAAAAAUAUCUAAUUUGAAAGCCAAAAUAUUUGCUUUAUUUAGUUUUCAGUUAGAAAAAAAUGCUGACUUGCACAAUAAAGUCCGUACGUCUUAAAUUUCUGUCAUUGUUUAACGUGUUUCCAUAGUCACCAAAGAACAUACAGGUAUUUGUGAUCUUUCAUUCUUUAACCCUCUUAUUUUCAUUAGAGUUACAUGAUUUAUCUGUUUUAUUGAAAAUAAAACAUUGUUUUGAGAUA